AUGGCCGUGCUGAUGUUGCUGCUGCUGCUGCUGCUGCUGCUGGGCCUGCUCUGGGUCAUGCUGCCAGCAAAGCAGCGUCGGACCAGCAGCCGGAGGCGCAGGCCCAUGCGGGAGCGCAGAGUGCCGAUGCGGGAGCACAGAGCCCCUCUGCGGCUGCCUGGCCCCGGGCAGCCAGCGGCAGCGCCACAGGCACCUGCGGCACUACGCUCGGCUCAGCCUCUCCUGGGGUCUCGGCCGCGGGGAGCAGCUGGGCCACCGGUAGCCGCCAGCAUCUUCGGCGCUCUGCCGCCCGUGGCAGCUCUCCGGCCCGGGGCAGCCUGCGCCGGCAGCGCCAGGGGCUACCGACAGCAGCCGCACACAGCACUGCGGGGCAGCCCGGGAGGGGCCUCGCCCCUCUACGUGGAGAACGGGGACAGGGACAGGCAGAGGCGGCCACGGCUGCCCGUCCCCUUUGGCCGCAAGAAGGACUCCGGAGCACAGCCUGGCUCCGGGACGGCAGCAGCGCGGCUGGCAGCUCGGGCAAUGUUCGCAGACUGGCCCCCGGGAGCAGCUUGGCCACCGGUAGCCGCCAGCAUCUUCCGCGCUCUGCCGCCCGUGCCAGAAGCAGCAGCGCGGCCCGGGACAGCCUGCGCCGGCAGCGCCUGGGGCUACCGACGGCAGCCACCCGCAGCACUGCAGGGCAGCCAGGGACGGACCUGCCCCCUCUGUGGCUGUGGCUAUGGAUACAGGGAAUGGCACAGGCAGAGGCGGCCACGGACUCCUGUCCCAGUUCGGGCGUUCAGAGACACUGGCAGGGUCCGGACCUCAGUGAUGCAGGAGCAGAGGGCCCCUGCAUGGCAGCCUGGCUCCGGGAUGGCAGCAGCACUGCCACAGGGAGCAGCUUGGCCACCAAGAGCUGUCAGCACCUUGCCCAGACUGCCUCCUCACCGGGGUGCAAUUCCUGUGGGGAGUCUCUGGGGAAGUGUCACAAUGGUCCCUCUACAGCCACCAGCACCAGAGCUGGAAAGCCAGGCCCUUGUCCCGGCCAGCCCAGCAGCCUGCACCACUCCUCUGCACAGCACAGCUUCCUGUGUCUGGGUAGAGGAGGUGGUCAGGGCUGUGGUUGUGUUGCCUGUGGAGCAUCCCAGUGGGUUCAACACAGCCAGUGUGUGCCAGGCACCAGAGAAGGUUGUCUGGGACACGGCUGUGGUUGUGUUGCCUGUAGAGCAUCACAUAAAGUGCAGCACAGCCACUGUGUGCCAGGCACCAGAGGUUGCCUGGGACAGCGAUGUGGUCGUGAUGCCUGCAGAGCAUCCCAUAGAGUGCACCACAGCAACUGCGUGCCAGGCACCAGAGGUUGCCUGGGACAGCGAUGUGGUCGUGAUGCCUGCAGAGCAUCCCAUAGAGUGCACCACAGCAACUGCGUGCCAGGCACCAGAGGAGGGUGCCUGGGACAGUGAUGUGGUCGUGAUGCCUGCAGAGCAUCCCGGAGGAGCAUCCCGGAGGGUGCAGCACAGCCACUGCGUGCCAGGCACCAGAGGAGGACGCAGUGGCUUCUGCAUUGCCCUCUGCCAGCUGCCUGGAAACACUGGAGCAUGA